CCAAUAUAAAUCUUACCUCUCAGCAUUUGCUAUAAGUUGAACAGUGGGCAAGGGCUGGAAUCCUAACAGCAUCUACACAAAGCUAUUUAUAAUGCCAGACUAUACUUGGUUUGAAGGAAUACCUUUUCAUGCCUUUGGGAUUUCAAAAGAAACUUUGCAAAAUGUUUGUAAUAAGUUUGUGGUGAAAGAAGAAGAUUUGAUUUUAUUGGCUUAUCCCAAGUCAGGAACGAACUGGCUGAUUGAAAUUGUCUGCUUGAUUCAGACCAAGGGAGAUCCCAAGUGGAUCCAAUCUGUGACUAUCUGGGAUCGCUCACCCUGGAUAGAGACUGAUGUAGGAUAUGAUAUAUUAAUCAAAAAGAAAGGACCACGACUCAUGACCUCCCAUCUUCCCAUGCAUCUUUUCUCCAAGUCUCUCUUCAGUUCCAAGGCCAAGGUGAUCUAUCUCAUCAGAAAUCCCAGAGAUGUUCUUGUUUCUGGUUAUUAUUUCUGGGGUAAUUCAACUCUUGUGAAGAAGCCAGACUCACUGGGAACUUAUGUUGAAUGGUUCCUCAAAGGAAAUGUUCUAUAUGGAUCAUGGUUUGAGCACAUCCGUGCCUGGCUGUCCAUGCGAGAAUGGGACAACUUCUUGUUACUGUACUAUGAAGACAUGAAAAAGGAUACAAUGGGAACCAUAAAGAAGAUAUGUGACUUCCUGGGGAAAAAAUUAGAGCCAGAUGAGCUGGAUUUGGUCCUCAAGUAUAGUUCCUUCCAAGUCAUGAAAGAAAAUGACAUGUCCAAUUAUAGCCUCCUGAUGAAAAAAUCAAUUUUUACUGGAAUUGGCCUCAUGAGGAAAGGUAAAGAAAUUGUCUAUCAUCAGAAUAUAUUAAAGAUUUGUUUUGCCAAUGAAUCUCUAAGAAAGUGUUGCAAAUGUACAGAGAAUCACUUCUCACCACUGAAAGCCUCUCCUAAAUAUUAAAGGUGAAUAUUUUUAUGGAGAAGAUGGGGGCAUCAAACACUGUGAAAAGUUGAUUUAUUCUGGGAGAUGACCUUAGGAUUGAAGAUAGUCAUGUUCAUUAACUUCAGUGAAAAAAAUAUGAAAGUAAUCAUGUUUACAUUAGGUAUUGUAAAGUCCCUGUAUCAUAAUCCUAAACUCUAAAAUAUAAAAAUUACAAUGAAGGAGACCAAAUAUAUCUAAGAUGACAACCACAGAACCACAAAAAUUGCAUUAACACCUGGAAAAGAUAUGGAACAGUUCAAUAGUGCUGCCAUAGAGUAGGGCAGAGUAGACAAGAAAAGGACUAAGAAAAUUCUCUAGGGUUAAAACCUGAUGGUAUUAAUUUAUAUGUAUGACUGCUCUGUUUGUGCCAGAAGAGGGCAUGAAAUUUCAUUACAGAUGGUUGUGAGCCAUCAUGUGGUGACUGGGAAUUGAACUAAGGAACUCAAGGAGAGUAGUCAGUGCUGAUAACACCUGAACCAUCUCAACAUCCCCUUUCUUAAAAUAAAUGGAGUGAAACUUGAAUCAAUGUCAGUAAGUUUAGGGAAUAGGAAAGGCUGCACAAUCCAUCCCUACCUACCAAAUACAGUUCCUAACUAGAGUGAUUAGACAACAAAAAAUGGUCAAAGGAAUACAAGUUGGAAAGGAAGAAGUUAAACUAUUACUAUUUGCAGAUGAUAUGCUGGUAUACUUAAGUGACAGCAAAAAUUCCACCACAGAAUUCCUAAACCUGAUAAACAACUACAAAAAAGGGACUGGAUAAAAAAAAUUAACUCAAAUAAAGAAGUACCCUUUCUCUAUUGAAAUGGUAAACAGGCAGAGAAAGAAGGUAGGAAAAUAACACCAUUUUCAAUAGUCACAAGCAAUAUAAAAUAUCUUGGUGUGAAUCUAUAGAACAAGAACUUCAAGUCUGUGAAAAAGAAAAUUGAAUAUCUCAAAAGAGGGAAAGUUCUGCCAUGUUCAUGGACUGGCAGAAUAAAUAUAAUAAAAAUGGCUAUCUUGCAGAAAGACUUUACACAUUCAAUGCAAUCCCCAUGAAAAUUCCAACUCUAUUCUUCAAAGCAUUAGAAAGAUCCAUUUUCAAAAUCAUUCGGAAUAAUAAAACCAGGAUCGGAAAAACUAUUCUCAACAAUAAAAGACCAUCUGGUGGAAUCAACAUCCCUGUCCUCAAAAUUUACUACAGAACAAUCAUGAUAAAAACUGAAUUGUAUUAGAACAAAGACAGAUAUGUAGGGCAUGAAAUAUAAUUGGAGAUGCAGAAAUGAACCCACACAACUAUUGUCACUUUAUCUUUGACAAAGGAACUGAAACCCUCAGGUGGAAAAAUGACAGCAUUUUCAACAAAUGGUGCUAGUUUAACUGGAGAUCAGAAUAUACAAGAAUGCAAAUCAAUCCAUUCUUACCUUCUUGUACAAAGCUUAAGCCCAAGUGGAUGAAGGACAUACACAUAAAAUCAGAUACACUGAAACUAACUGAAAAGAAAGUGAGGAAACCCUCAAACACUUGGGCAAAGGAAGAAAUUUCCUGAACAUUACACCAAUAGCUUAUGCUCUGAGAUCAAGAGUCAACAAAUGGGACCUCAUAAAAUUGCAUAUAUUCUGUAAGGAAAAGAGCACUGUCAAUAGGACAAAGAGGUAACCAAUAAAUUGGGAAAAGAUCUUUACCAAUCCUACAUCUGAUAGAGGGCUGAUAUCUAAUAUAUACAAAGAACUCAAAAAGGUAGACUCCAAAGAAUCAAAUACCUAUUAAAAAUGGGGUACAGGGCUAAGCCAAGAAUUCUUAGCUGAAGAAUAUUGAAUGGCCAUGAAACAACUAAAGAAAUCUACAAUAUCCUUUGCCAUCAGGGAAAUGCAAAUCAAAACAACCCUGAGAUACCACCUCACACUACUCAGGAUGGCUAAGAUCAAAAUCUCAUGUGAGAGUACAUGCUGGUAAGGAUGUGGAGAAAUAGAAACACUCCACCAUUCUUGGUGGGAGUGCAAGCUGGUACAAGCACUCUGGAAAUCAAUCUGGUGGUUCCUCAGAAAAUUGGACAUAGUACUAACUGAAGACCCAGUUAUACCACUCCUGGGCAUAUACCUAAAAGAUGUUCCAAUAUAUAACAAGAAGACAUUCUCCACUAUGUUCAUAGCAGCCUUAUUUAUAAUAGCCAGAAGCUAGAAAGAACCAAGAUGUCCUUGAACAGAGAAAUGGAUACGGAAAAUGUGGUAUACUUAUGUAAUGGAGUAUUACUCAGCAUAUUAAAAAGUGACUUCAUGAAAUUCUUAGGCAAAUGGAUGGAUCUAGAAAAUAUCUUCGUGAGUGAGGUAACCCAAUCACAAAAAACACAUAUGAUGCACACCCACUAAUAAGUUUAUAUAAGCCAAAAAGAUCAGAAUAACAAUGAUAUAAUUCAAAGACCAUAUGAAGCUAUAGAAGAAGGAAGACCUAAGUGUGUCUUAUCCAGUCCUUGACAGAAGGGGGAACAUAGUACUCAACAAGAGGAAACAUGAAGUCAAAUUGUGGAGCAGGUACUGAAGGAAAGUCCAGCAAGUGUCUGCCCCACCUGGGGAUCCAUCCCAUUUAUAGUCAUCAAACCUAGACAUUAUUGCUAAUGCCAAGAAGUGCUGGCUGAAAGGAGCCAGAUAUAGCUGUCUCCUGAGAGCCUCUGCCAGAGCCUGACAAAUACAGAGGCAGAUUCUGACACCCAACCAUUGGACUGAAAACAGGGUACUCAACUAAGGAGUUAGACAAAUAAUUGAACAAGCAGAACAGGCUUGUCACUCCAUAGUAAGAACAACAAUAUCAACCAUGCAGAGCUGCCAGGUACUAAACCACCAAAGAUUACACAUGGAAUGACCCAUGACUCGAGAGGCAUAUCAAGCAGAGGAUGGCCUUGUUGAGCAACAAUGGCAGGAGAGGCCCUUGGUUUUGUGAAGGCUCAAAGCCCUAUUGUAGGGGAAUGUCAAUGCUGGGAGUCAUGAUUUGGUUAGAGGGUGGAGAGGCACCCUCAGACGGGCAAGAGUAGCAGGUAAUGGGUUAGGGGGUUUCUGGAAUGAAAACUGUGAAUGGGAACUACAUUUGAAAUGUAAAAAGAAAAUAUCCAAUAAAAAUCUGACAGCAUUUGUCAACCUA